AUGGCGUCGGACUCAGCAGCUUGGAGACGUUUUACCCUUGUAGCUAUCGGAGCCAGCCUAACCAGCAAUGAUGCAUCGAAAAUUCAUAAAAAUAAUGUGAAACCAACGGUUUGGGGCGAAUAUAACGAACAUCCUGAUGUCAGAGCUCGUUCUGAGGUCGAAAUAAAUCAGUGGAUGAAACAUAAUGAAGUGACAAUGAAAGGAGAUAAUGUUCCGAGACCUGCUUUCAAUUUUGAAGAAUCAUCCUUGGACACACUGAUUAUAAAUAAACUCACAAAUUCUUAUGACGAUCCAACCGUUAUACAGUCUGUUUCUUGGCCAAUAGCUUUAAGUGGUCGCGAUAUGAUAUCCGUUGCUCAGACAGGAUCCGGAAAAACUCUUGCGUUCAUAUUGCCUGGUAUAAUGCAUGCUACCAAGCAAGGGAAAUGCGUUUAUGGUGAGGGGCCUUCAGUUGUUGUUCUGGUUCCUACGAGAGAACUAGCCCAGCAAGUCGAAAGUGUUUCUAAAUCAUUUUGCAGCUUGAUGGGUGUUCGAUGUUUGUGUGUUUAUGGAGGCUCUGCUCGUAUGGUUCAGUCUAGGAAUCUCGUUAAAGGUGUAGAUGUUUUGGUUGCAACACCGGGUCGUUUGAAUGAUUUUUUGUAUGCAAAUGUCAUUGAUUUGAAACGAUGCAGUUAUUUGGUAUUAGAUGAAGCGGAUAGAAUGCUGGAUAUGGGUUUCGAACCUCAGAUCCGUACAAUUAUCAGCACCAUUAGUUGUGCGAGGCAGACACUUAUGUUUUCUGCCACUUGGCCAGAUGAUGUUCGUUCUUUGGCUCAUAAUUAUCAGAACGACCCUAUUUUUGUUAACGUCGGUUCUCUAAAACUGGCUGCCAAUCCUAAUAUUAUUCAAAAUAUUUUAGUCAUCACAGAGAAGGAAAAAGAAAAGAGAUUAUUAGAAUUGUUGUGUCAACUGAAUUCAACCUAUACAUUCAAAAUCUUUCCUAAUUCUAUCAAUCCAGGUCUUGGUUGGCCCACCUCGCUUUUGAUGCUAUCCAUCCCUGGUCUAGCAAGUAAUGAAAUAUGUGUCAACGUGGGCGACGAAGAAUGA